GCAGAACAACGUCGAUCUACUUAAUUCUCUCUCUCUCAAUUGACACUCGAUGGGAGGAACAGGACGAGCAAGACGAGCCAAACGUAUCAGAAAGUUUGGUACUGGAGUACAAGAGAGCGUAAGAAUAGUAAAUAAAAAACUGAAAUUAUCUGAAGAGGAUGCGUUACAACCAGAUGUUCCCUUUAGGAAAAGACAGAAGAAGAAGAAGAACAAGCCGACUUUUGAAACCCCACGAGAGUAUAAUAAGAAACUGAAACAAGCAAAGAAAGACAACGCAGACCAACAGAAUCUGGCAAGUACCAAAGAAUUGUCAAGGGAUAAAGAAAAAUAUUAUGAGUCGCUUGAAUCGCCGUUUGAAGUCACCAGUGACACAAACUCAGAUACAGAGAACUUUGUGGUGGAACAAGAAGAUAGUGCUUCCCAAGAAUCUUCUUUAUCAGGGAAUAUUGGAGAGACCAGUUUCUCUGAUGAAGAGACCAAAAAGAACUUGUUCGAGGAUGGAUCAAUGGAAGAUAGUGGUACAGAAGAACUUGAUAUUGAGAGAGAAAAUAGACUUUUGGAAGAUGAAAAACGACUUGAAGAAGAGGAUUCGAAAGCAGAAUUUUUGUCUAAUACUGUAGACAAUAUCGUGGAUGCCGAACAAGUGGCGACUCUUUUUGACAACGAUAUACAGCGUUCGAUUGCCGACAGAAAGUCACGGAUAGCUCUGGUUGUACAAAUCCUAUCAGACUUUAAGAGUCGAAAAGAUGGACUUCACUCGAGGUCGGAGUAUCUUUCUUUAUUAAAGACUGAUAUUGGUUAUGUCUAUGGCUAUAAUGCAUUUCUUAUAGAAGAAUUUUUUGAUAUGUUUUCACCUUUGGAAUGUAUGGAAUUUAUUGAAGCCAGUGACAAACCUCGUCCUCUUGUUAUAAGAACGAAUACUUUGAAAACCAAAAGAAGACAGUUGGCUCAAGCACUUAUUUCACGAGGAGUAAAUGUCGAUCCUUUGGAGAAUUGGAGCAAAGAAGGCCUGGUGGUAUAUGAAAGUAGAGUUCCCAUAGGAGCAACACCUGAAUAUUUAGCUGGAUAUUAUAUGAUUCAAGCAUCUUCUUCCUUUAUUCCAGUAUUGGCUUUGUCUCCUCAAGAAAAAGAAAAGAUUCUGGAUAUGGCAGCUUCUCCUGGUGGAAAGACGACUUUUGUUUCAGCUUUAAUGCGCAAUACAGGAAUUGUAUAUGCAAACGAUUCUAAUGCUGACCGUAUAAAGUCUUUGGUUGCUAAUAUCCAUCGUUUAGGAGUUGAAAACACAAUCGUCUCUUGUUAUGACGGUAGAAAACUUGUUUCCAUAUUACGAGAUUUGGAUCGCGUUUUAUUGGAUGCACCUUGUUCUGGUACUGGCAUUAUUUCUCAUGAUCCUUCCGUAAAGACUAGUAGAGAUAGACCAGAUAUUCAAAGGAAUUCAGUGAUACAAAAACAACUUUUACUUGCUGCAGUGGAUUGUUGCAACGCUCAUUCAGCAACUGGAGGCAUCAUUGUAUACUCGACUUGUUCCGUGUUGGUUGAAGAGAAUGAGGCAGUGAUUGACUAUUGUUUAAAGCAUCGUUUUGUGAAGGUAGUCUCAAGUGGUAUCCCUUUUGGAAUUCCUGGCUUUACGAAAUAUCGAGGAAAACAAUUUCAUCCUUCUCUUCAAGAAGCUCGACGAUUCUUUCCACAUAUACAUAAUAUGGACGGAUUUUUUGUUUGUAAACUUAAAAAAUUGAAGAGUGGAGUACGUUAUAAUGCAACUCAGUAACAAAAUCAUUUUGUGAGUAAGCAUUUCGAGAUUUUCGUAUCUAUUUAGAGUCUUGGAAGAAGAGAAGAUCUCCAACUGUAAGAGUGUCAUGAUGAGUUGACGAGAACAAGU